GAGGUUCCACAUUAUUCUGGAUCAAUGUCCUUCGUCAGACGUUACGAUGCUUAUGUCAAACUCAAAGAAAGGCAGAGCCAAGAAGAUGAGGACGGUGAAAAGGAUGAGGAUCCUGCUAUUCGUUUGUAUAAGGACACACAUUUUAAGGAACAAGGUAGAUGGGCACACGAGAAAGCUAAGAGGAAUUUUGAUGCAAUGAAAGAAAAGGCUGCACAGAAUUCUCAAAAUUCUGAUGGUACGAGUCCAACCAUAAAUGAUGUUGAGAUAGUACAAAACCAACUAGGCAUAAGGAAGGGAUAUUGCCGUGGAUUCGGACAUGGUUUCAUGGCUCCAAAGCAUGGAAAAACUUAA